AUGGCUGGGAGUCAGGACAUGUUCGACGCCAUCGUGAUGGCAGAUGAGAGAUUCCAUGGGGAAGGAUUUCAGGAGGGGUACGUGGAGGGCAGUCGUCUGGGUGUCACGGAAGGGAGACAGCAUGGUACGCUGCACGGAGCCAAGAUCGGAUCCGAGAUUGGGUGCUAUCAAGGUUUUGCUUUUGCGUGGAAGUAUCUCUUACACAGUUGUACCACCGAGAAAGACAGCAAGAAGAUGAAGGUCUUAGAGGCGUUGAUAGGAAUGAUUGAGAAGUUCCCCUACGAUGACCCUACUUACGACAGACUCCAUGAGGACUUGGACAGAAUCAGAGGGAAGUUUAAACAGCUUUGUUCGUUACUGAAUGUUCAGCCAGAUUUUAAAAUUCGUGCGGAAGGUUCUGGACUCUCAUUUUGA